GCACUAUACUUCGCCUGUCAGAGCCUGGCAUGUGGACCCGGACUUCACAUACGAACAUUGGAUGACGAUAAAGCGUAUGCUCCCAUUCCUGCUGGAUCCAAAGGGAUCUCUCUCGUCAAUGGAUACGGUGUGCAAGCUUUUGGAAAGGGGGCAUAUAUGGUGACAGAUGGCAGCUACCAAGCAUUUUUUCUGAUAUCCACCAAAGGAGUCAUUGUCGUUGACUGCCCUCCCACAAUCGGACAUAGCAUGCUCUAUGCUAUCGGAAACAUAACUUCUAUCCCAAUCACUCAUCUUCUCUACAGUCAUUCGCACGCAGAUCACAUCGGCGGAGCCUGGAUCUUCGGGAAAGAUGUCAAAACAAUAGCUCACGCCGACACAGCUCUCCAUUUAUCCUUGACCCCUGACCCAACUCGUCCCCCGCCAAAGAUAACUUUCGAGAAAGACUACAACCUCUGCGUUGGCAACCAAACCCUUGAGCUUUCCUACAAAGGCGAGAACCACAUAACAGGAAACAUCUUCAUCUUCGCCCCGAUCCAGAAAGUGCUCAUCUUAAUUGACGUCGUCUUCCCGGGCUGGACCCCCUUCGCCAACCUCGGCGAAACAAAAAGUCUCCCCGGCUUCAUCAACGCCCAUGACCAGAUCCUAGAAUACGAUUUCGACCACUAUAUUGGAGGCCAUCUCGGUCGUUCUGGAAACAGAACAGAUGUUCUCGUACAGCAGGAGUACGUGCAUGAUCUAUUCACCAAUUGCCAGGCAGCGAUCAAUCUCAGUGCGACCGACGAUCCCGUUUUUGGCGCUGCUGCCAUCAAUGACCCGGUGUCAGAGAAGAACCCGGGGAAUAUGUGGGCUGUUUUCAAGAAUUAUUUGGAUACGCUGGCGGAGGAGUGCGCGAAUAGGACGAAUGAGAAGUGGUUGGGGCGAUUGGCGGCUGCGGACGUUUUCCAGUUUGAGAAUGCGGGGUUGGUGAUUGAGAGCUUGAGGAUCGAUUAUUCGGUUUUGGGGCCGUUUGUGACUUCUUAGGAAGAAGGUGAGAAUGGCCAUGUUGCUGGUGUUAUAGAGUGCUUUCUUCUUUCCCUGAGAUUCACUCAGUCCCCGGGAUCAAUGUAAACACAUAGCUCUCGACCCCGUCCAGCAUGCCCAGGACAUUGACGCCUUGCUUCUUGAGUAAAGGUGACGCUCUAUAAGAUAAGACCAUAUAACUGGCCGUUCUGGUAGCAUAUCAAAUUGUAUCU